CCGGCGCUUUCGGGCAGCGUACACGUUCCGUUAACUUCUCUAUUUUAAAAACUACUUGCUUGGCUAUAUCCGGGAAGGGACAGACCGCAUCAGUGCGCGCCGAGUGUCGACACCACUAUUUUCGUUGCAGUCGAGUCGACUUGUCGGCCUACACGCCGAUUGCCGCUCCGCGCGCACGCGCGUCCGCUCCCAUGCACUCCACAAAUUUUGAUAGUUGAUAACUUGUUUUUAAUUUACCGAGAACGUUGAAUGAACUUGAUGUUAAUAGUGAUUUUACGAAAUAAAGAGGAUGGAUUGUAAUCGAAGGUGAUAUUUAUGGUGCAUGUUGUUAUAUUUUUGUUAACAUGAGCGGAAGCACUAGCGGAAAUGCAGUUCCGUCUUCGAGUGCGGGUAGCGCGAGCGGCGGCGGUGUGACGGGCGUGACGCGGCGCGGCCGAUGCAAGUGGUUCAACGUGGCGAAGGGAUGGGGCUUCAUCACCCCGGAGGAUGGUGGACAGGAUGUGUUCGUGCACCAGAGUGUGAUACAAAUGCCAGGCUUUCGGUCACUUGGGGAUGAUGAAUUGGUUGAAUUCGAAUGCAAAGAAUCAGACAAAGGGCUAGAAGCGACACGUGUUUCCGGGCCUUCAUCUGUGGACUGCCAGGGCUCACACCGACGCCCACUUUCUAAAAAACGCUUUAGAAAGAUACGGUGUUACAACUGCGGGGAAUUCGCCAAUCACAUUGCAGCCAAAUGCAGCAUAGGACCACAACCAAAGAGAUGUCAUAACUGCAAGAGCGAGGAUCAUCUUAUCGCAGAUUGCCCUGUAAAGGUGGAGAAAAAGAAAGAUGAUUCGCAGUCGAAACACUCCAGCAGCUCUCAAGGAAGCCAAGAGGAGAGUCCGCAAUAGCAUCGCAACAGACGCUGUAUAACCGGCUUCGAACAAAAUUUAGUUAGAUAUUAAGUAGAAUUUUAACGUUGUUUUCUGUUUGUAUGACGAUACGUAUACGUAUCAUGGAAAUUUUAUUCGAUUAAUCUUUAUGUUUCGGUAUGCAUUUACUUUAUUCAUCAAAAUUCUAAAAAACGUAGCCAAAGAAGUCGGUUAUGAAAAUCUUCACACUCACACCGAAAGAGAGAUGAGCGGAAUUUCUAUAAUCACGUUGAAAUAUUUCUAUAAGUUUUAGUGUCAUGUAACCUAAGUAUGAAAUCCAACUACCUCAUUUAAUAAAGACAAGUAAAAUAUUAUUUUGUAUUUAAGUACAAGACUGAUGAGAACAAAUACACAAAGUACAAAAAUAUUUUACUUAUAGACUUUUAUGACUUAAGUUUAAAAACGUAACGUAGUACAAAUUUUAUGUGUUCGAGUGUUUUAUACUCUAAUUUUUUUUUUACAAAAUAAUUAUACCCAAAGUUGUGUGUCUCUAUGAUAUGACUAUUUUAUAUAUAUGUUAUUGUUAUAUUACGCCCAAUUUUAUGUCAUUUAGGAUUUAUAAUUUAAGUUAUAAGGUAUUAUUUAAUUUUGAAGUAAGGAUAAUUAUAAUACCACCGAAUGUUCAAAUGUUAUUUUAACUGAAGUGCUGUAAAUACCUCUGAUAACAAUAUAAGAGUUCCGUUGGGCGAUGCAAAAAGAAAAAUGGACACUAAAAAGUUUUAGUUUAUCACACGUUACAUAGCAGAAACAAACAAAAUAAAAGGAACAAACG